AUGAAUGAAGAUGCACUCAUAUUCCAACAAUUCACAGAGCAACUUGAAGAGGAGGCAGAUGAAGAGUACUGGGAGAUGGGUGCUGCUUCACUCGGCGUCAUAGUGGGAGGUGCCGAGAUCUCAUGGGCCCUUGGCCUUGUCCUCCAUUAUCUCAGCUCCACGAUGCUCGACAUCAGCUUGCAGCAAAUCUUUGCUCUCAUCCCUGCCACAGUUGUCCGGUAUCUUGACUUCUCACUUGACAUACUUCUCGAGGUCUUGCGAAGAAUGCCAGAUGCCCGUAUCAAGUGGCCGAAGGGUGGCCCAGGUGGUGGGCAAUUCCAAGAAUACAAUGAUCUUAUCAUUGUUCGACAUCCUCGACUGAUUGGGGCCUUUGCUGCCAUCGACGGAUUGAAUCUUCCUGUCCAAACAUCGGAGGAUGAAGAUAUUGAGAAUGCUACCUACAACGGGUGGCUCUCAGAGCAUUUUGUCAGCUCAGUACUUGUGUUCUCACCGAAAGGCAAGAACAUCAAUGCUAUUGUAACUUCAUUCACUGAUAAUAUCUUAGGUGAAAUCAUUGAUGCUGUUGUAAAUGCACCAGGCAGUUGGCACGAUGCUAAUGUUGCUUGUCCUAUUUUUGAACGGCUUCGCACACGAACACCACCUGGAUACUACCUCAUUGCUGACACAGCAUUUCCUCGUGGAACACAAUCCAUUGCAGGACACAUUCGCGCCCUGCUCAAGGCUGGCCAGGCUGUGCGAGGUACGCCAGACGAGAUUGCGGAGCGAAUGGCCUAUGACCGUGAGCUUCUCUCAGAUCAGCAAACAGCUGAGUGGGGAAAUCGAGGUCUUCAAGGAGCAUUUGGUCGUCUCCGUGUUCCACUUCCCAUUGACAAUGCAGAACGUCAAGGAAAUCUCCUUGAGAUCUGCAAUCGCCUCAAUAAUCUGCGCACAAGACGAGUGGGAAUCAAUCAGAUCCGGACUGUAUACAUGCGAUACUGGCAGGACACAGCUGAGGACAUUGAUAUCUGGCAGAACUUUGAGAAUAUGCUCUUCUCAGAUCAACGAAAGAACGAUAGAGUUGCUUGCUUCCAUACUUACGCAGAAUACACGUAA